CUGCAGUUUUCUGUGUUAACCUGGUGCAAAGAAGCAAUGGAUUCGGAGACUACAGGUUCAGAGGGUUCCUCUGGAGUGAGAAUAGUUACUCGUAAAUCACUCUUCGAUAAGAUGAAGAAUGAAAAUUUACGUAAUUUAGAAGAAAAGCUAUGUUUUUUGAGAGACCACCUUUUAACUCAAGACAACCUUAGUGAAAGUCAGUUAAAUAAACUGAAACGCAAUUUUUCACAUUUCAAAUCAGAAAUGAAGCAAAGGUGGAUUAAAUCGCACAAAAAAGAAGAGGUUUUCUUAACAAACAACCAUCUUUGGCUGGAAGGCAAUUUCGAAAUUCCAGUCACAACUAAAAAUCGUCAAGGUCGCCCUCGUAAAUCAUUUGGUGAAUCUAGCGAAAGGAGCAAAAGAAGAAAAACUGAAGAGAUCCGCUCCAAUGUAGAAGAUGGUGUUAUAGUUCACGCAGCUCAAGUUGAACUGAGAAAAUCGGGAAAACGUGAUGCUUCCCGCGUUCUCCAAGAUAUAACAAGCUCUCCGACGCGUGCAACGAAGUACAAAAAAGCUUUCGAUACCUCUAAGUGUGGAAAAUCAUCGCGUCUAACCCCCAUGGAAGCUUUAAAAAUGUUUAUAGAUGCAGAUUUAACACGAGCACAGUAUGAAGUUAUAAGAAACACGAACAAGAAGUUUUUCCCGUGUUAUAGCCUAAUUCAAGAAGCCAAAAAGAAAUGUUAUCCUCCUCCAGAAACGAUCACGAUAACGAGUACCUGCGCGGAAACCCAACUGCAACCAUUAAUUGAUAUUAUCGGUUAA